AUGGUCCUGGAGGAUUUUGGGCAUUUUGGGGGUCACCACCCCCGCACGGCCUUUGGAUCCCUCCUGGCGGAACAGAACCCCCACAACGUCCUGUCCUGUCCCGGGCAUCCCCCUCAUCCCCCAGCCCUUAUCUCCCCUAUCCCGGCCUCGGGCUGCGUCCCGGGAUCCGUCCCUCAGCAGCGGGAUCCACCUCCCACCGCCUCCCCACCGCAUCCCCCGGGACCAGGGCAGGGAAAUGGGGCCGGGAAACGGGACCGGGACUCGGGCAGGAACACGGGACUGGGACAAGGGCAGGGAAACGGGACCGGGACUCGGGCAGGAACACGGGACUGGGACAAGGGCAGGGAAACGGGACCGGGACUCGGGCAGGAACACGGGACUGGGACAAGGGCAGGGAAACGGGACCGGGACUCGGGCAGGAACACGGGACUGGGACAAGGGCAGGGAAACGGGACCGGGACUCGGGCAGGAACACGGGACUGGGACAAGGGCAGGGAAACGGGACCGGGACUCGGGCAGGAACACGGGACUGGGACAAGGGCAGGGAAACGGGACCGGGACUCGGGCAGGAACACGGGACUGGGACAAGGGCAGGGAAACGGGACCGGGACUCGGGCAGGAACACGGGACUGGGACAAGGGCAGGGAAACGGGACCGGGACUCGGGCAGGAACACGGGACUGGGACAAGGGCAGGGAAACGGGACCGGGACUCGGGCAGGAACACGGGACUGGGACAAGGGCAGGGAAACGGGACCGGGACUCGGGCAGGAACACGGGACUGGGACAAGGGCAGGGAAACGGGACCGGGACUCGGGCAGGAACACGGGACUGGGACAAGGGCAGGGAAACGGGACCGGGACUCGGGCAGGAACACGGGACUGGGACAAGGGCAGGGAAACGGGACCGGGACUCGGGCAGGAACACGGGACUGGGACAAGGGCAGGGAAACGGGACCGGGACUCGGGCAGGAACACGGGACUGGGACAAGGGCAGGGAAACGGGACCGGGACUCGGGCAGGAACACGGGACUGGGACAAGGGCAGGGAAACGGGACCGGGACUCGGGCAGGAACACGGGACUGGGACAAGGGCAGGGAAACGGGACCGGGACUCGGGCAGGAACACGGGACUGGGACAAGGGCAGGGAAACGGGACCGGGACUCGGGCAGGAACACGGGACUGGGACAAGGGCAGGGAAACGGGACCGGGACUCGGGCAGGAACACGGGACUGGGACAAGGGCAGGGAAACGGGACCGGGACUCGGGCAGGAACACGGGACUGGGACAAGGGCAGGGAAACGGGACCGGGACUCGGGCAGGAACACGGGACUGGGACAAGGGCAGGGAAACGGGACCGGGACUCGGGCAGGAACACGGGACUGGGACAAGGGCAGGGAAACGGGACCGGGACUCGGGCAGGAACACGGGACUGGGACAAGGGCAGGGAAACGGGACCGGGACUCGGGCAGGAACACGGGACUGGGACAAGGGCAGGGAAACGGGACCGGGACUCGGGCAGGAACACGGGACUGGGACAAGGGCAGGGAAACGGGACCGGGACUCGGGCAGGAACACGGGACUGGGACAAGGGCAGGGAAACGGGACCGGGACUCGGGCAGGAACACGGGACUGGGACAAGGGCAGGGAAACGGGACCGGGACUCGGGCAGGAACACGGGACUGGGACAAGGGCCGGGAAACGGGGCAGGGAAGAGGGACCAGGACAAGAGCAGGGAAAUGGGACCGGGACAAGGACAAGGAAACAGGGCUGGGACACGGAGCAGGAACACGGGACCGGGACAAGGACAGGGACACUGAGCCCGGACACGGGGCAGGAAAACGGGGCCGGGACAAUGACAGGGACACGGGGCAGAGACACGGAACAGGGAAACGGGACCGGGACAAGGACAGGGAAGUCCUGGCUGGGUUCCUGGGGUAG